GUUCCUUUCAUGAAAGAGGACUGGGUGGGCCAAUGUGUUCCAAAUGCUAUCACAUCAAGAAGGUUUGUCCGUCAGCAGUCGACAUCUGUUAAAGAAGUCAUGCUAUUCGGAGCAGGCUCUUGAGUACCGAAUCACCUGCGACACAGAAAAGAUGUACACGGAGACUACUGAAAAAGUACAAGAAAAGAGACGAGGUGUUCCUGAAGGACUGCCCAAGACGCAGGUCACGUGUUCGUGGAGCGUAAUUAUCUGUUGUGUCAGUGUGUUCCAUCAACUAGACCACCGCGUACCUAUGAAACACUUAAAAUGGGCUCAUCAGACAGGAUUUAUUAAGAUAAUUACCGUUGUCAUAUCACUCUCUACCCACAUAUCGACCUUAAAAGGCUAAGAUGUUGAAACGACCUCAGAGUGUUGGACCAAUUUCGUAGUAAAACCCUGUUGAGAUGAAACGAAGCAUUUGACAAGAAAAUAACAUAUUUCCGCUAUCUAGGACGAUGACAAUGAUGUUCAACACUGAAGACACGGGGAGGUGACCCAGAACUCUCCUGUAUAAGAGGGCGAUAUACACUAUAUCAUAAAGACAAGUUCACGUUGAGUACGAGAAUGAGACAUCCGCCCGAGAUCACGCACUGGAUCAAUAAAGCAUUUGUCUGUUCGACAACACAGCCCAUUAAAAGACUAGGUCGUAUUAAGAAUGUGCAAGCUUUGCAAGAAAUGAGUAAGACAGUUUUUAAUGAUAGAAUACAGGAUCGGACUCGUUAAACUCAUAAGGUGGGAAUCAAAGGUAGGUGAUGUGGGUGAGUAAGAGUAUUCCAUGUCCUCGAAUCCGUAUCAACAGGGUUGAAUGUCAUGCCUACAAAGUCUCCUGAGGACUUCCUGCUAACGUUUUACGUAAUAUUUGUGUCCUAUCUCAAAUUAAGUCAAAUAAAACCGCAAUGACAAGGGUAGUAACGCACGUUUUUGGACCAGAAAAUUCAUUUGUUUUCUCAUCAAAAGCAAAGUUUGGCUUUUUCAAUUACCCUAAUACUCCACAGUUUAUGGUCCAAUGUAGUAAGCAGGCGGCAUUGCUUGAACUAGAACGAACGAUAAAAAAAAAUCUUAAAAAAAAAUAAAAAAUAGGCAGAGCAUUAUCCCCGAGAAGAGGAAACAUGUUCAA